UAGGAGAAAUGAUAUGAAUCAAAUGCUUUUAAUUAACAACAGACCUCUAUCGGUAUGCAAUGAUUUCUGGAAUCAAGAUUUAAGUGAUACCUCCUCAAACAGCGUUGUAGAUGCAAAGCUGGAAAUCGAUGAGGGUGAACCAACAAUUUUUACCCCUCAAAUACUAUAUUCUAUUCAUUUAGAAACGGAUCCUAAGUUAAAUAACUCUUCAUCAUCCAAAAAUAGCUUGGAUUCAAGUGUUGACCAUUCUAUGAAGGAGAUUGAUGAAGAAAACGUAGAAGUCAACAAAUUGAUAAUAAAUACAUCGGAAAAUACGGAAACAUUAGGUAAUGACAAAAAUUUGGAUAAAGAACAAACUCAAAAUCAUGUCUGCACUGUGUGUGGGAACCAAUACAACCAAUUGCAGGAAUUGAGGCAACAUCAACAGAACGAAAACCAUGUCGCAAAUGUGCAGUUUCAAACGUGUUUCAUUUCGUUGUCAAAAAUGGAUCAUAUUUCCUGUUUCGGAAAGAAGAUUGAUGAAGUAAAACUGAAACAAAGCACUGCCGGUGAAAAAGUAGCGCAAAUGAGCCUUAUUGUACGAGAAGAACCAGUCGAUGUGCCAAAACCAACAUGUUCUCUACAAACAAAUAAUGAAGAAUAUAGUCAUAUCUGUGAGAUGUGUGGUGACGGAUUCAAUAAGUACAUUGCAUUAUGGAAGCAUCAAAUCAAAGAAAACCAUAUGACUACGUCUAGCAAAGAAAUUCAUUACCAGAAAAUGGUUUCAUGGAUAAAGGAAUACAACAGCUAUUUAUCCGUUGUCAGUUACAGCCAAAUUUAUUGCAAAUUAUGUGACAAAUCACUCCAAUGUUCAAGCAAAAAUGGGAUUGCCCAGCAUAUCAGGAGAAAGCACCAUCAGGCGAAUACAGAAGGCAAAAAACGAAAAGUAAGGAAAAGACUUUCAAAAAAUCAACGAAAACGUAAAUUUCAUUGCGACAAAUGUAACCGUAAGUUUAAAUACAUAUCCAGUUUAGACUCGCACAAAAUGAUGGGAUGCGGAUAACACGACGGUUUGUUUGCGACGCUGAAGGCUGCAAGUUCAGUACGUGCCAAAAAUUAACUUUGGAGAUCCACAUGUUUACUCAUAAUAAGGCAACAAUUUGAAUGUUGUGAGACAAUUUUUGUGUAAGUAAUUUUAAUAGCUCAAUAUUAACCAAUGAUGCUAGAUGAUGAUAAUAUUAGUAUGUUUUAUAUUCUAUGUUCGUAUGUUAUUACAAAUUCACUUUCAUUAACUCAUUUAGUCAAUAUUUCUAUUUUUUUUUAACUGAGAUUUGAGUCUUGAUGAAAUUUGAUGAUUUAUUAUUAAUUUAAAUUAAUAAUAUAAACUGUUUUAUUUUGUAAGUAAAUGUGCAAGUUAUCUAUACAUUUGCUAUAUAAUAAUGUAAUAUAAGCUCUAAAAAGUUAUUAAUGUGUUGUAUAUCAGUAAAGAUAAAUUUUAACUAACAAUAGGAUUAGUCUAUGGACCUUACAUAAACCAGCAAUAUACUCAACCACUGGAAAAUUGUUAUUAAUAAGAUUUAAUAAAUAAAUAAAUUCAAUGC